GCAUAAUAAUAAUAUUCAAAAUUUCGUGGGAUGUAUAUUCUAUAAUUCAGUUUAUUGAUUAAACAGUAAACUUAUGACGGGUCUUUAACCUGAAUUACAGUUAAACAAUUGUUAGGUCCAAUGAGACUUGUCGCCUCAUUAAUGGGUUUUUAUUUUUGUAUUUAGUUCUUAGUCAAAUUUUAAAAAAUAACAAAGUUCUAAUCAUUAAUAUUGUAUGGAAUUUAGAUUGAAGGCAAAAUCUAGAUAAUUAACAAUGAUUUAAUAUAAAUUUAAAAGUGCUCGAGUAUAUACAUUCAAGACUAUGACGCUCGUUUUCUGUAGAACACUUUUGCUGCCAACCUAUGUGGAGGGCCUGUAGUGUGUGAUUUACAAUAGUAUUAUGUAUCGUUCAAACGAAACGAAAAACAAAAAUUCUAUAUAUUUUACGCAUUAAAAAAUUGUUUGAAGUUUUCUGUGUUUAAAUGAGGGUUUUCAAAAAUAUUCUAUUUUGAGUUAUCAACAAAGGAAAAAUCAAACUGUGUAUUUUACACUUUGUGCAUAAUACUAACAAGACAAAAUAAAAAUGGUUGUACCAGAAAAUGGAGUUAUGUGUGAUAAUAUUAUGCGAGGCAUUGAGAAAGAUGGUGGUGGAAUACAUUUACAUAACCGUAAACAAAAACUUAAACAAAAGUUUGAUAUAUUGAAAAAACUUGGAGAAGGUUCAUGUGGAAAAGUUCAAUUAGGUAUUUGUAAAGAAACAGAACAACUAGUUGCUAUCAAAACAAUAAGAAAACGGAAAAUUGAGACUGAAGCUGAUCUAAUAAGAAUAAGACGUGAAAUACAGAUAAUGUCAUCUGUGAGACACCCUAAUAUUAUUCAUAUAUAUGAAGUAUUUGAAAACCGAGAAAAGAUAGUACUUGUUAUGGAGUAUGCUGCUGGUGGAGAAUUAUAUGAUUUUCUAAGUGAAAAAAAAGUACUUACUGAAGAAGAGGCUAGGAGAAUAUUUAGACAAAUUGCAAUAGCUAUAUUUUAUUGUCAUAAACAUAAUAUCUGUCAUCGUGAUCUCAAGCUAGAAAAUAUAUUGUUAGAUGAACAAGGAAAUGCUAAAAUAGCUGAUUUUGGCUUAUCAAAUGUUUUUAAUCAUAAAGCACUUUUAUCAACUUAUUGUGGUAGUCCAUUAUAUGCAUCACCAGAAAUUGUUACUGGAACACCGUAUCAUGGACCUGAGGUUGAUUGUUGGUCACUUGGAGUUCUGCUAUAUACACUAGUUUAUGGUACUAUGCCAUUUGAUGGAUCAAAUUUUAAGCGUCUAGUUCGCCAAAUUUCUCAAGGAGAAUACUAUGAACCAAAAAAGCCAUCAAGAGCAUCACCUUUAAUUGCUCAAAUGAUGACUGUUAAUCCAAAUUCACGAGCUGAUAUUCAUAAAAUUUGUUCACAUGAAUGGUUAAAUGAAGGUUUUUCAGAAAAGCAGCAAUGCUUUUUCGUUGCUGAAGAAAUGGCUUCUUCAACUCCAGUACGGUUAGAUUUACUACUUUCUUUAGCACCAUCAGCUAAAGAAACCAAUAAUAAUCUUACAUUACCAGACACUCAAAGUAAUGUUGGUGGAAAUGAAAAUGGUCCAAUAAGAUCUCAAAGUUUAGGCAAUAUAUCACCUUCUCGUAUAUCUAAUGUAAUUACUGAGAUACCUGUAGAGAAAAAACCGAAAAAGACUAAAAAAAGGGAUCGUUCAGUUAGUCGCUCAAAAAAACAAAGCCAGACUACUAAUAAAGUUGAACAAGAUAUUAAAACAUUACUUCCUGAACAGUCUUCCUUGCCUGUAGCUAAUAAUGCAGAUUCUGAAGAGUGUUGCUUGGCUGUAGCUAAUAAUGCAGUUCCAGAAGAAUCUUCUUUAUCUAUAGUUAAUAAUGCAGUUCUUGAUAAACUUUCCUUGCCUGUAGUUACUAAUAAAAUUUCAGAAGAAGUUCAACCUGUGUUAGAACAAAAUAAAGGUACUGAACGUGAUAUUAAGCCUUAUGGUGAACGUGGACGUCGGCGAUCAAGUAGAGUUCUAGAAGCUGUUGAAAAAUUAGAUUUAAUUGAAUCUAUGUCUAGAAAUAAUAUAGAUCAAAAAAGACGUAGUUCCCUUGGUAGUGGAUCAUCUAAUAGUUCUAAAAAAAGCAUAACAUCAAAUAGCUCUUUAACAAAACAUGAACCUGAAUUUAGUCUUGAAUCAACAGUUGGACUUAAUAAAUUAGCCGAAUGUGCCUUAAAAGAUGAACCACUUGUUUGUGGAAUAAAAGUGAAUAAAAAUGAUUUUAAAAAUCUACCCGAUGAUUUAAAAAAGAGUUUAAAUGCCAUUAGGAUUAUUGGAGAUUCAAUAUCUGAUAAUAAUAAUAUAAAUGCAGUACCGGAGUCUAAAAGAAAAACAUCAAGAGCAGAAAUAAAAUUAGCUAGACCCGAGCUACCCAAGAGUACUAUUAAUAAAGAGCAGAAAAUUGAUGAAAAUGAAACUAGUGAUUCUAAUUACAAAACUGAAGUCAAACAUUUUGUUCAAGUACCUAAACAAUCUCGACGUGCUGAAGUAUCUAUCCCUAUUUCAGCAUCAACUACGGGAGUAUCAACAUCACCUUUACCACCCAGACCUAUUACAAGACAAAGUAGUCAAACUCGUGAACAUAUUAUUCCUAUACGCUUUGAAUCUGAGGAUAAAUCAAAAGCUAAGCCUAUUCAAAGAACUACUUCUAUUACUAGCAGUACAAAAACUAGUGGUAGUAAUUUAUCUAGACAAAGUACAAUGGAAUCAGACAGUAAUAGUAGUAUCGUUAGCAUGGGUGGAGAACCAAUAAGAAAAUCUCCUCGUGAAGUUAUUAUACCUAUUGCUGUUGAAGGUGGUGGUUUUGUUACACCAAGUGAAAAUACAAUAUCUAGAAUUAGUUCUUCUAAUGAUAAUAUUGAUGAAGUGGGAGCACCGGGUGGACCUGGAAGAUGUUUCACUUUACGUAGUACUCGAAGGCAAAAACCAUUAGCUAAAAGCUUACAACCUGCUGAUAGUAUAAGUUCUGAUGAAGAAGAUGACAGUUUUGAAAUUUUAACAGCUGAAAAUCUAUUUUCUACAUUACUGUCUAGGGUGCGUGAUUUAACGAAUCGUUUGAGUACUGAUGAAUCUAGAUCAUCUGAUUUUCCUAGAUCAUUCUUUAAUCACCAUCGUUCUAUAUUUGAUCAUCAAACACCAUUACGUCGUUUAACUGAAACUAGAUCUUUUAAUCGUGCUGAAAAUGCUCCAUGGCGUAGAAGUUUUGUUUCUACCACAUCGCCACAAAAAUUUCAACCAACUGAUGGAUUUUCUAGAGACUUGGAUCAAAAUAACAUUAACAAAAAUAUUACUCCAAUGAAACCUCCUCUUUACAAACAAGUUCUUCCUCGUUUUAUAGAAACUAAUAAAGAAUUAUCAAAAAUACCAAGACAUACCUUACUAUGUAACAUUACUGACUCUAAAGAACGCCAAAAUAGAGUUGAUCGAAUACUUGAAAAAUAUCGCAGACAUACUACUAGCCCAGUAUUAAGUAAACUUUCAAGAUCAAUAAGUUGUCAAGAUAAAUCUUCUAAAAUGUAUGAUUUAACAAAAGCAAAAACAACAACAAAUUCACAAUAUAAUAACUUAAAAUCAAAUAAUAUUGGGGCAAGAAGUGUUAGCCCAUAUGCUCCAGUCAAUCAUACAGAUAAAACACAAACACGUCAGUUGAACUGUAAUAGUUAUUUACCACAAUCUAAUUCGUUGAAAUAUCCCUCUGGAAAUAGAGCUCGGUCUUUGUCAUCAACAUCAAUUACAAGUUCAAGCCCAAAUGUGUCUAAAACAUUAGUCAAAUCUAAUAGCACUUUGGAUAAUAGUGAGGAUGAAAUAUCUGAAUCAUCAAGUACUAAAACUACCGUAUCAAAGGAAGGUAAUCAGUCAUCAUUAAUUUUUCCUAUAGAUUGGGCACCUAAUAGUAGAUGUGAAGAAACUGUAAGUGAUAGAAUUAGACGACGUAGUUUUUAUGUUAAAUUAACUUAAAACUAUGAUCAAUUUUUGCGAUAUAGGUUACCAUUUAAGUUUACCAUUAAUUUUGUAUUUAUUGAUAUAAUGUUAUAUUUAUAGUUUGGUGUAAUUUAUACUUUAAAAGCAAAAAAUAACAAUUAAUUUAUGCAUUGUAGACAGAUGUGUAAUAAUAGAUUAUUAUAAAUUUUACUGAAAAUCAUUUAAUUUUUACAACUAAGUUGAUUGUGUAAUGAUAAUUUAAUAAAUUGUAACAUUUCACUUAA